CCCGCACCGGGAGGCGAAAGGGGGCAGACGGCAGAUCUCCCCCGGCCAGGCCCACAGGCGCUGCGCCCUCCUCCCCGGGAGCUGUGCAGUGACCGGGCAUGGAGCCGGGCAGCUCCCCGGGGCUGCCCCCCGCCUUCCUCCGCCCGCCCAGCCUCUUCUUGCGGGCAGCGGCGGCCGCAGCCGCGGCCACUGGCGGCUCCUCCAGCCCCUGCUGCCCGGCGGCUGGGGGCCCGGAGCGCGGCGCCUGCUCCCCGCGGACCCCGAAGUGCGCCCGCUGCCGCAACCACGGCGUGGUGUCCGCGCUCAAGGGCCACAAGCGCUUCUGCCGCUGGCGGGACUGUGCCUGCGCCAAGUGCGCGCUGAUCGCCGAGCGCCAGCGGGUCAUGGCCGCGCAGGUGGCGCUGCGCCGGCAGCAGGCGCAGGAGGAGAGCGAGGCCCGGGGGCUCCAGCACCUCCUCCAGCAGCGCCCGCCCGCCGCCCGCGGGCGGGCGCCGGCGGGCGGGGGCGUGAGCGCGGAGCUCCAGCCGGGGAGAAGAGAAGAACAGGUGCAGAAGUAUGACUCGUACUUCAGGGUGUUAGAAGGUCCUGUAGUCCUAUCACAUCCUCCUCCCCUGAUAUCUUCGCCUGAGUCAGCAGAAGCUAGUGGAAGCUGUAGAGUGAAGUCAUCUGGGCUGGAAAUCUCAGAAAAGGAAGAGAAUGUUCAGUGUCCUAGUCCGGAGCAGCAGUUGGAAGGUGUAGAAAGUUCAGGAUCCCUUUCUUCUUCAGACAUGGAAUCAGGAAAUGAAAGUGAAUGGUCCAAGGAUUUUGCUGCCCCCCGUUCCAGUCUGCCUGCUGCUGCUUCAAGACACAGAGACCCACUUGGCAUUCUCACCAAAGUCUUUCCUAGUCAUAAACGAAGCAAGCUGGAGAGUAUCCUGCAGUUCUGCAAAGGAGAUGUGGUCCAAGCCAUAGAACAGAUCUUGAAUAGGAAAGAGAAUAAACAAAAUGUCAAAGACUUUGCAAACCCAUCUCGAUCUGAAUUUAGUGCCUUACACAGAGCCUCUAGUUUUAGCCUCACAGGAUUAGGUGUUGGAGCAUUUGGCAAUACAUCAGCUUUCUCCCCUCUUCAAACUGGUUCUACAGCAUUUGGAAGUGCAACAAAUCUUUAUAGCCUAAACCCUAGACUGGGGAUUAGCCCUCUAAAACUGGCUUAUUCCACCCCUGGAAGAGGGCUGCCUGGAUUUAUGUCACCCUACUUAACACCUGGACUGGUUCCAGCUUUGCCUUUUCACCCAGCAAUGGACUACUCCUUUUCAGGAGCGAUCAAGGAUGCUUCUUACUUUCCGAGUAAAGAGUCAGUCACUAGCAGUGGAAUUUUCUCAAGGUUAAAUCAAGAAAACCAGUAGUGCCUUUUAGCAUAUUCCCUUUCGUAAUGCACUUCCAAAAUAUGCAGCUGUGAUGACAUCUGGACUAGUAUGUCGAGCCUCAAAGGAUGCUUUAAUCCCACAGUCCAUAGAAUAUUAUAUGAGAGGUGGCAGAACACUUCCAGUUCCUUUUUAAAAGAACAUAAUGAGGCAUUAUACACCUUUUGAAUGUGAUUUUUUU